AUGGAGGUGGCAGGGAGCAUGGGAGCGAUAGUGGUGACUGGAUGCCAGGAGCUUGACGAGGUCCAUGCCGGCAGCACCCUCUCGCUCAACCUUACUGGCGGCGUGGCUGUACAAACGACGCCGGUCGACGGUGGGGCUGGAGAAUCAGGAAAGUCCAUGAUAUCUAUGCAGAUAAAUCUUCUUUUCUGGACCGGCUUUGAUGUGGCGGAACACAAGGGCUAUACGACAGUCAACCAUGUCAUCGUGUACCAGACAAUCAAAUUAAUGUAUGAUGGGGCUAAAGAGCUUGCCCAAGGGGAAUCUGACUACUCAAAAUAUGCUAUUUUACCUGAUAAUCAGCUAAGAAAUAAGUUAAGAGAGGCGGAACCCGACCCUGAUGACAGCCAAAAUCAGGCCCCACUCCUCUCUCUCUCUGGCACCUACUCUUCAGAUGGCCAACAACACUUUGCCAGCAACGGCUGCUGUCCAGUUAAGAGCAAGAGAUUGGAGAAAAACUAUCAAAAAUAAGUGUCAGGUUUGAUUACCCACCCCUUAACAAAGAAGUCAUACAGGGUGUAUGAAAUCUAUGGGAAGAUCCAUCCAUCUAGGUGAAAAGAAGUUCAUAUUUCUGUAAAUGUGUAUACUGUCAAGCAACCAGUUUUAUUAUAAAGAAAUGCAUCUGUAAGAAACUUACUUGUG